GUCAUGGCGCAGCUGCAGGAAGACAUCGACGACUGCGACCGCAGGGGCAACAGGGACGCGUCCGUGCCGGCAGACGAGCGCACCGACGACUUUGCGACCAUCGUGGCGGCCGCGGAGGGGGCGCAAGACGUGCGCGACGCCGUCGCGCCGCUGCUGGCGCCGUGA